AUUAUGAAAGGUUGUGUUGGAAUCAUGUUUUCUGUACUGAUUGUUUAUUUAGGUAAGAGUUCGAUUUUGUUUUCAUUUAAGCUACGUGAUUGUUAGAUUGAGUGAUGAUAUAAAGAUAUAUAUAUAUAUAUAUAUAUAUAUAUAUAUAUAUAUAUAUAUAUAUUUUAUAUAUGUGUAUUUUUAUUAAAAAUUUUAUAAAAUAUAUAUAUAUUUUGUUUUUAUUUAAGAUAUGUGAUUGUUAGAUUGAGUGAUGAUAUAUAGAUAUAUAUAUAUAUAUAUAUAUAUAUAUAUAUAUAUAUAUAUAUAUAUUAUAUUAAUGUGUAUUUUUAUUAAAAAUUUUAUAAAAUAUAUAGCUAUUUCAUUAAUAAUUGUACUACUGUCACAGUUUCAUGGCUUUUAUGAAUGGUUAAAACUCUAAAUCAAUUUCUUUUUUUUCCAUUUAGCUAUUUCAACACAAUCUUUAACAGACAGCUCCAUGUUUCAUAAAUCAAACAACUUACUGUGUGGACCCACUCGAUUAAGCCUGGGAUGGAUAGACAAAUCAAAAUCCUCUUGUGCCAUCAACUGCCAGAUAAAGUAAAAAAAAAAAAACUUAUUUAAUUUAACUUCAGCUGUUUUCUUUUUCUUUCCGAAUUUCUGUAGUGUAUUUUCUCUUCGGUUUGUGGAUCGUGUGUUGUUAUUGGGUACAGCAAAAUACCUGUGCUAAAGGUUAUGGCAGACAGGUAGUUUUCAAACCACAGUUAUAACAAAAAAGGGGUGGAUUCUAGUCGAUUUAGGGGGGGGGGAAUAACUUUUUUGUUUUAUUUUACAUUUCCAUAUAUAAUCUAUGAAAAUUUUCGUAUGUUGAUUAUUGGCAAAACUUUGAACUAAUCAUUUACAACCCUGUUUCCACUUACACAUAACAUUUCUUAAACGAGAAGUUUUGAGAGUAUUACAUUGAAAAGUGUAUGUAGAAUUAUUAUUAAGAUAUUAUAAAAAGAAAUUCUAAACAGUUUUUUUUUCUAACUUAAACCAACAUUAUAUUACCAUUAGUCAUAUUUAGAAUAAAAAAUGUUAAUAACAAAACAAAGGCAGCCUACUCCUUCAAAGAUGCUUGGGGCUAAAUUCAUUGUAAGAACAGUGAGUUACCACUAAGUUAUUAGAAUGUAACUUUUUUUCUUUCUCUAGAUAUCCAAACGACUGCCAGGGAUUCAUGUACAAUAAGUUCACCAGAAGUUGCACUCCUGUCGGGCCUAACUUAAGACCCAAUAACGCCCAGCCAAGUGUCACUGAGGGGGAUCUCUAUUUCAGAGAUGGUAUUUUUCAAUUCAAGUAAGUUCUCAAUGUCAAUCUACAUUCGUGACCCCAUAUAUAUAUAUAUAAGAGGGUUAGAUUGCGAUAAAGCUUUAAGUGUAUAUAUAUAUAUAUAUAUAUAUAUAUUUAAACAGUAUUUUUAGUAGAGUGCAUUGUUAGGAAUAAAAAAAAUUACCAAAUGAAUAUUAAAAAAAAAUAAUAAUUUUCUUAUAAAGUUCUCCUGAUGGUGUGAAUUUUUUGUUUUAAGCUAGAAAAGCUGUACAGUAAGAAAAUAUCGACCCGACAGAGUGGAUGAAAAGUUUGUAUUUCUUGAUAGCAUGGUGGAGUCCGUGAAAUUCGAUGAGCUGCGACGCCAUAGAUGAAUUUUGUGGUUAUAGAGGGAAUUACAUUGUAGUUAAAGAGUGAAUUUGGAAUUUGGUUACAGAGUGAAUUUAGAAUGUGAUUAAAGAGUGAAUUUAGAUUGUUGUUACAAAGUGAAUUUAAAUUAUCGCCACAGAGUGAAUUUAGAUUAUGGUUACAGAGUGAAUUUAGAUUAUGGCUACAGAGUCAAUUUAGAUUGUUGUUAAAAGUGAAUUUAGAUUACGCUGCCGUUAAUUUUAAGGCGAUAGAUAAGGCUUGAAGCCAGGGUUCGGAUCAGUUUAUCUUUUCAAUUUAACAUUUUCAAAAGCUUUAAAAGUCUUCAUGUUUAAUUUGUAUUGAUUUUUCCAGACAACCUAAAAGGUAUUCACACAAUUAGAUCUAAUUUACAUGAAGACGUACAAGGUCUAAUAAAUGUUAUGUGAGCAAAUGGUUAGCUUAACAAUUCAAAUAUUAAAUAGUUUAAAAUCAGUAAUUAAAGGGGAACCAAAUGAUUGCUGGGGAAGGUGAUUGGUAUUUUUAUGAGGAGUUUUAAAAUACUACAAAUAUUGUAUUUUUUUUUAAUAUCGUGCUGACCUGCCUCAAUUUUGUUUUACCACAGAGAGAUUCAAUGGGAAUUUUAUAAUCAUUUGCUUCAUAAUACACUUUUUGGGAGAGUGUAAAGUAUAGGGAGGACAGCGCUAAGGGACAAGCAUACUUUCUGUCAAAGUCUUUUUGUUCGAAAUGUCCAUUUCGUUUUUGUUUUGUUUUGUUGCUUAUUUUUUUAAAUUAUAGUUUUUGCGUUGCACUUUUGUGUUUUUUCUCUAAAUUUUGGCAUAUUUUUUACUGGAAGCCUGCACAUUAAAAUAGUGUUUGCCAGACAGACGACAUACGUGGCCCAUGUACAGCAGUAAGGCUAUUGUCUUAUGUUUUUAUGCGGGGAAAAAACAAAUUAAAAAAUUCGCAAAAAUCCUAAUCACCCUGCCGGUUUCAUUUUUUAUUGUUGCAAGUUUUACAUCAAACAUUUGAAAAUGGUGUCUUCAUGUCUCAUUGUUGAUUGAUGCUUAUUUCCAGCACAAGGUCUAAUGGAUCCACAACUGCGGUCUACGCCUACUUCACUCACCCACUUAACUACACCGACGCGACGCUCACGUGUGCCUGCCUAAAUGCUCACCUCUACGUUGCCGACAACUUGUUAAAAUAUGGAUUGAUGUUUCUGUUGAUUGAUUUCGAUCAAAGCGUCUGGAUUGGGUUGGAUGACCUGGACCAUGAGGGUGUUUUCAUUUGGGUGGCCACUGGGCAACCGGUUGACCCAUUUUUAAAACCCUUCAUAUUUGAAACUUUCCAGCCGGACAACAGAAACGGAAAUGAAGAUUGUGUCUUCGAGCAGCCUGGCUUGUUGAGACUUAACGAUGCACCUUGUUCUUUGCAAAUGGCUUAUUUAUGUGAGAGGUCGUGA